AUGGGUCGCAGGAAGUCUAAGAGGAAACCAGCACCUAAAAGAAAGGCAAUUGAACCUUUGGACAUACAGUUUAACUGCCCAUUUUGUAACCACGAGAAAUCCUGUGAUGUUAAAAUGGACAAGGGUCGAAACACAGCUCGGAUAACAUGCAGGGUGUGUUUGGAAGAUUUUCAAACGACAAUAAACUUUUUAUCUGAACCUGUGGAUGUUUACAAUGACUGGAUAGAUGCAUGUGAAUCUGCAAAUUGA